AUGUGGUGGGCCUCUCACAACUGGGAAGUGCUCUACCGACGGCGUCGGUCGUCUUCCGCCGCGGGAUCCCGCAUCGUGGACACCUUCAACGCCAUCGCCAAGGCCAUCUUUGGCACGCCGGCCGACCAGCAGGCCGAGGCCAAGGAGAAGCUGGCCAAGGAGACCCUGCCGGCCCAGCUGACCAACUUUGAGAAGCUGCUCGAGAAGAACGGCAGAAACGGCUUCUUCGUGGGCUCGAAACUGAGCUACACCGACGUCACCCUGUGGGUCGCGCUGCAGCUGGACUUCUCCAGGGUGGAGGGCAGCCGCGACCAGCUCCUGGGCGCCUUCCCGGCGGUGAAGAAGCUCGUCGACAGCGCCUGCGUCGCCCGCGACGUCCACUCCACCAAGGCCUAA